UAAAAUCUACAUCUACUUAUACAAUGGAUAUUAAAAAUGAAGUAAAAAAAAACAAUACUACAAUGAUAAAUUCUAAUUCGAAUAUUAAAAAAUUAAGUUCUGCUAAAAAAAAUGAACAUUUAAAGGCAUUAAUAAAAUUAAAACAAGAAGAACAUAUAAUAGAAAAAACAAUAGCUAAUCAUCUUGAGAAUAUAAAAAUUGAUUCUAAAAUUCUUAAGGAUCUUCAACAUGAUUAUCUGAAUUUUUCACAUGAAAGAAAAAAAAUACAUAACUCUUUACAGUAUUCAGUAAAUAACAUAAAAGAAAAUUGGAACGAUAUAAAAAACGUAAUCAACGAUUCGAAUUUUGGAAAUUUAGAUGUUGAUGGAUAUAAAACAAAAUUAUACAAACUUUGGGAGAAAAUUCAAGAAUUUCAUAAAAAUAAUUGCAUCGAUUCUUUAAAAGAAGAUGAAAAUUCAUUGAAUUUAAAUUUAAUCGAAUUUAAUUCAACAUUGAGCCGUUAUGAAAAUUGUAAUUUUACAAAUAAUACAUUAAUAUUAAUAAAAAAUCAUAAUCAAAAAAAUUCUAUAAAUUUACAAGAUUUCGAAGAAAUAGAAAACUUUAGUAGUUUAAUAGCAAAAACAGGACAUACACAAAAUUGGACUAAUGAGGAUCAUUUACUUUUUCUUAAAUUAAGAAAAAAACAUAAAACAAUUCCAUCAUUAGUGUAUGCAAUUCAAAAAAAAUGUCCAGAUUUAACAACUAAAUGUAUUAUAAAUCAUGAAGCGUGGUAUAAAUUUUAUUUGAAAUUACAAGAUCAGCAAAAGUCAGCUAUAAAAAAUUGGCGUCAACAAAAAAAUUCUAAAAUUAUUCAAAAAGUGGAAAAUGAAUUUCAUAUUUCCAAUAAAGAAAAUAAAAUCAAUACAAAUAAAUUAACUAAAAAUUUAACAAUAAUUGAUAAUCAAAAAUCAAAAGAAUUAAUUAAAAAAUGGAAAGAGGAAAAAGAAAAUGAACGAUUAAUGCAUGAAGAACAAAUAAAAUUCGAAAUGAAAACAAAAAAAUUUUUAGAAAAUCGUCGAAAAAUCCGAGCUGAACGUUUAAAACUUGCCGUAGUUGAAUAUAAAGAAAAAAAACGUUUAGAAACAAAUUUUUCAAAAGAUUUACCAAAGGAAAGUAAAUUGGAAAAAAUAAUAAAAUCACCUAAUUUAAUUAUGUCAUUUAGAGAUCAAGAUAAUUGUUACAUAGAAAAACGAAAGAAAAUAUUAAGUUCAAUGAGAGAAAAUAAUUCACAGGAAUUAAAAAAUGAAAAGAAAUCAACAGAAAUUCGUGUUUCCACUCUACUUAAAUAUACCCAAGUUUGGAAAGAAAAAUGUAAAAAUAAUAAUAAUAAAAAAAAACAAACUCAGGAAUUAUUUUACAUCAAGGAUUUACCAAAAAUAUCCACGGGAAAACAUAAUGUUGAAUCAUUAUAAAUAAUUUAAAAAAUUAAUUAACAAUUUUUUAGGUAGAUAAUGAAUUAAAUUUUUUAAUUAUAUAUACUUAUGUUUAUUUUUCUUUACGAACGUAUCGUUUUUUUCAGACGAUGUACAUAAUAAGUUAUGAGUAAACGAGCGUUAUAUCUUAUCCAGAACAAUAGUUACCCUUUUUCAUUUUUUUUUCUCUUCUCUUUUUAGUUUUACAAAGUUGUAAUUUUUUUUUUUUUUUUUUUUUAGGUAGCACUGUGACAAACGUUAUGGAUAACGAUUAACACUAAACAUUUUUACUCAAAUAUAUAUUUCUAUUAACCUUUUUUUUUUCCUCGUCAAUUGAUAUUUUCGUUAUAUUACCAAAUACAAAAACUUAGGAGAUACAAUAAUAUUAUAAUACAAGUGUGUCAUUUAUUGUGUCUAGUAGGAUGCAAAAAAUUGGAUCUUACUUGACACGAUAUUUUUUCAACACCUCAUGGAAAUACUUAUUUUAAUAGAGCUCUUAAUAUAAUAAUUCUAAAAACUAUAUAUAAAGUAGAAAUAUAAUUAUUUUGAAAUUAAAAAUUAUUUCUAUAGGAUUUUAUUACAAUAAACAAUAAAUGUGUAAAAUUGAAACUUGACACAGUUUUUUCGCAAAAAAGAAAAUGUUUUUUUUUUGUUUCUUUUCUCUAAUUAUACUUUCCAAAUUUUCUUUUUUAAAAUUAUUUUUUUCAAAAAACAGUUGAGAUUUAUCUACUGUUUUUUUUUUUUUUUUUUUUAAUAAUUUUUUAAUAAUAAAUAUUUACACACGUAAAAAUUUGUACAAUACAAUUUCUCACACACUGCGUAUUAUUCUAUUAUUAUCAGUUUUUAAUUAAUAAACGCCACUUGUACGGAUUAUCGAGCGAAUUGACGGAAUUAAAAGUUUUCUAUUUCCUAACAUUAUAUAUAUAUAAUAGCAAUCCAUUUUAGAAAACUCAAACAAGCUCGUAAGAAAAGAAGCAUUUUUUUUCUAUUAUAUUCUACCAUUGCACGCUUAAAAAGGACGGUGAGGCUCAGAUUAACGAUCUUAACCGCUUUUUAUUUUUUAUAAAAAAAAAAUUCCACGCACUCUUAUAUGCACACUGUUAAAACAAACCUCACAAGUUCGCCAAGUCAUGAAUGUCUCUAUAAUAAUUUAAAUUAUAAUAAAAAUGUUUUCGGCGCAUUUACGUUUCUUUUUUUUUUGUGAAGAAAAACGUCAUCUAAAAUCACAGCUCUUAACAGUGUAUUAAGCAAUUCAUUCACACUUAAUUUUUAAAGAAAAUGAUUUUAAAAAAAUUAUUAAGAAGAAAUUAAAUUAAAAAAAAGAUCAAUGUAAAUUUCUCCUCAGUAAUUUGUCACGGAUUUUCUUUAAAUUUUCUCCCAUAAAAGUAGACAAAAAUUAACAUUUUUCGAUCAAAAGACAAAGACAUAUAUAUAUAUUUUUUUAAUUCUCAACGGCAAGAGACAUUUUAUCGCAAAUCAUUGAACAUUCAUAUUGCGUGCACUGGUUAAUUAUUAUAUAUAGUUUUUUUUUUUUUUUUUUCUUUUUAAAUAAAAUCAUAAAAAUUCGAUUUUCAGAUUUUUUUUUCAUUCGACUUAAAUAUUAAUAUGUAUACAAUAUAAAUCAUCGAAAUCUAAUUACAAAUUUAAUAAAUACUCGUUAAUCCGCAAAGUGGGAUACUUUGUCGUUUUUUCUUAUAUAAAUUAGCUACACAGCGUUUUUUUUUUAAACUGAUAAAAAAAAAAUUGUUUUUCUUUUUCAUGAAAUUCCUCUGAACUUAAAUCAGAGAAAUUUUUUCUAAUACACAAAAAAAAGAAAAUGCAAUUGGCCAAAAACGAUAAAACUUCAAGACCUAGAAAAAAAAGAAGUUUGCCUUCUUUAAAAAAUUAAUGGUGUUUCGUAAAUAUAUAAACUGCGCUAACAAAUUUCAGAAUAAAUACCUAAUAUUGUAACAAAAUUUUAAGUAUUCUUCGUUAUUUUGUAAGAAAAUAAGAUAUUUUACUUGAAGUUCUUUUUCUUUAUGUACACAUUUUACAACGUUUUUUUUUCGUAUAAUGUAUAUUAUAGUUAAUUCAUUCUACCACAUUGUUCCUUUUUUUUUAAUAUACACAUUGAGGAGAGUGUUUUAAUUCGAAUUUUUUCAAGAAAAAGCAUUUUGACAAAAGUUCCCUGUUUUUUUUUUUUUUUAAUAAUCAUUCUAAUUUUUUUUUGUAAGACAAUGGUCCUUAUGAUUUUUUUUCUCUUACAUUUAAUUAAAAAAAAACAAAUAAGAAAAAAAAGAAAAAUUAAACAAUGCAAGAAUAGUACUUUCCUUAAUAACGUUAUUUAUAUACAUACAAAUAAUUUUGUUCGAGUGAAACUUCGUUAACUAUUUAGCACUCUAUAUUGUACUACAAAGUUAAACUUCCUAUUCGAUCUUUAUUUAAAGUGUCCAGAGAAAGCUUCAAAAGAUUCUGAAGAGCAAGAUCAACCUGCACUUAACAAUUUUUUUAUAAUCAUUUUUUUCUUUUUUUUUUUGAACAAUCAGGGUAAUUAAUUCCUAGAUCAUCGAUCAUUUUUUUCAACUGAUUAAUUAGGAUGGAGCCCAAAAAAAAGAACAAUUUAAAUUAUUUUGCACAUUAAAUAAUUUUUAAAAAUAUAUAUAUAAUAUAUGACUCGAUUAAACAUUUACAUAUUUCAUGAAUAAAAAUUUCAAUAAUUGAAAUUGGUUUAAAAAUGCAAUAACAAUAAUAAGAAAUAUUUGUAUAGUAAAAUUUAAAAUACAAUAAAAAGUUAUUCCUUCUUCUAAAGUCUAGAAUUGAUUUUUUUUCCAUUUACAGUAACUUACAAAGAGUUACCAAAUAUAAUUUAUAUCACAAGAAAAAUAAUAUUUCUCUAAAUGACCAAAUUUUUAUUUUCAAAACGCAACAUCACAAACAGAAUCUUUUUUUUUUUUAAUAAAAAAAAAAAACAAUUUUGUACCUACUAGACAAUUUUUCAAAAAUGUAUUCACUUGAAAAUAAUAUCAAUUAGAUAAAUUCACAAAAAAAAUUUUUUUUUUGAAAACAUUCUUUUUCAAAAAAAAAAUGAAGAUCUUAUUAAGUAGAAAAUAAAAAAAAAUAUAUUGGACAGUCGUGGAAUUAAUAUAACAAUUCACUAAUCGCUCCACCCUAAUUUCAGUAUUUUUUCUUGACGUAUAGUUUGACCUUUUUUUUAUUCUUUGCGCAAAUGAGCGUCCACCACCGGUAUCGACGAUUGUUUUGCACGAGAGACACUUUUUAUUUAGAAACCUUAAAUAAACUGACGAAAAAUGUAUUUUUUUUUUUUUUUUCUUUUAAGGUAAUAUGUACACGUCACUCACACCUGAAAA